AUGCGCCCCACGUUGAUCGCCAUCUGCUACAUUCUGCUGCUUUUCUUCCGAUUCGCUGCAGGCCUGGCCCAAGGUGGCAAAGUAACCGCCACUAUGGUCCUACUCUUCGAGCUCACUACUGCCAGAUGGAGGUCUGUCGUCAACAGUGUAUGGACUAUCGGCGCAUGUGUAUUUGGUCGCGGCAUGGCUAGUCUGAUGGCAAGCUACAUCUUUUCGGCACCAUCGGAAACUAGGCAUGAGAUAACCAUACAACUCAUUUUAAUUAUUGACGCAUCUGCUUAG